CCGGUCGCGCCAGGUCGGUCUGUCGGUUGAUUUGUUGGUAGAUCGGUUGGCCGGUCGGUUGAACCGUGUCUUGUGCAAACUCGUUCGCAUCCAGCCGGCGCCGAACUGUUCUGCAGUCCUAGCAGCCGCUGGCGGGAAAAGAGAGAGAGAGAGAGAGAGAGAGAGAGAGAGAGAGAGAUGUGAGGGUCGGUUGAUCUGUUGGCCUCCCUUCAUUCUGCCUGCUCUGCUGUUGGAGCUCGGACGUCUGGUGCUGAGACACGUUUCGGAGAUCCACACACAUACACACACACACACACACAGAGAGAGAGAGAGAGAGAGAGAGAGAGAGAGAGAGAGAGAGAGAGAGAGAGAGAGAGAGAGAGAGAGAGAGAGAGAGAGAGAGAGAGAGAGAGAGAGAGAGAGAGAGAGAGAGAGAGAGAGAGAGAGAGAGAGAGAGAGAGAGCAAGGAAGACAGGGGGAGGGGAAGAGGUUGGUGACGGUGCAAAGCAGGAAAUCAUGAUCCCCAUUAGCCACUUGGACCAACAUGCAAGGAAAUUAUUGGAGCCCGAGCUGUCUAUGGAAAAGCGCCACCAGUUGGCGACAGAGGUUCGGGACAGCAUAGAGAUAGUGCACACAUCGGAAUACCCCAACUUUCUGAAGAGCUUCUUCAAUGUAUUUUAUGCUCUGCUGAGACAUCAGACUCAGCCUCUGUAUACAGAAACGCACGAGCACAAGCUGCGAAAUGUCGUGCUCGAAAUUCUUCAUCGCCUCCCCCACAGCGAGGUUCUGCGACCUUACGUUGGAGAUCUUCUCAAGCUCUCGAUGCAUGUCCUCGCACAUGACAACGAAGAAAAUGGGCUCAUCUGUCUGCGCAUCAUCAUGGACCUCCACAAGAACUUUAGGAGUCAAUUGGAAUCAGAAGUGCAGCCGUUUCUUGAUUUCGUUGUCAAGAUUUAUCAGAAUUUCAAAUCAACCGUUGCCUAUUUCUUCGAGGACCAAGCUGUGGGAGAUGCACAAAUGGGUGGAGGGGGCCAGACCCAGAGCUUAUCGGGACUCUCCCAUGGGUCUAGAGACACACAGAUGACAGCAAGUGGGCCAAGCCAGAGAGGACCGGUUGCCGGGCAGCUAAAUCCCAGCACACGAUCGUUCAAGGUGGUAAACGAGUGCCCGCUGAUAGUCAUGUUUCUCUUUCAGUGCUACCAGGCAUACAUGCAGCCCAACAUACCAAAGCUUCUGCCAUCGAUGGUCAGUGCAAUUGCGAUAUCGGGACCGACAACUGUUCUUCCAGAUCUCAAGCAGACAUACUCGGACAUGAAAGCCGCCCAAGUAAAGACUGUCUCAUUUCUGACAUAUCUUCUGAAGUCGUUCACGGAGUACAUAAAGCAGCACCAGGAUAGCAUUUGUAAGAGUAUCGUGAAUCUUCUUGUCACCUGCCCCGAUAAUGUGUUGAUUAGAAAGGAGCUGUUGGUAGCCAUAAAACAUGUGCUGAGCACAGAGUUCCGCCAAGGUUUCUAUAGCCACAUCGAUACGCUGUUGGAAGAAAGAGUAUUAGUUGGAACUGGGCGGGCGUGCUUUGAGACCUUGCGGCCGCUGGCUUAUAACCUUCUGGCAGAGUUGAUUCACUAUGUGCGAAGCGAUCUCUCUUUCCCACAGCUUUCACGAAUCGUGUAUAUCUUCUCGCGGAAUGUCCAUGACUCCUCGCUUCCCGUUAGUGUGCAGACCACAUGUGUGCGCCUUAUGCUUGUUCUGGUAGAGGCAAUUUUCCGGCGUGACCAUCAAAACCAAAAGGGGGACUAUCGGUUUCUUUUGGUUCGCAUAUUAGAUGCAUUUGUCAGCAAGUUUGGAACUAUCCGACGAAAUAUUCCUCAAAUUCUCCAAGCAGCAGAGGCAACAGGAGAUCUGGAAAGGGUCAGCUUGAAGGCGAGAUUGGAGCUGCCCGUACAGGCUGCGUUAAAUCUACAGGCCCCACUGGAACCGGCAAAAGAGCUGACCGAUUGCAAGCAUCUUAUCAAGACACUGGUCUUGGGGAUGAGGACAUUAGUGUGGAGCAUCACAAACUUCAACCAAUCGUCUCCGGUGCAGAUCACCCCAGGGCAGCAAGGCAUUGUGGCACCUGCCCUGAAAGGAAUGAAGGAAGAUGAGGUCAUACUUACGUCUGGGCUGCUAAGGAGUGGCAUUCACUGCCUGGCGCUUUUCAAGGAUAAAGGGGAUGAGGAUAUCUUCAAGCUCUUUGCCAUCGUGUUCACGUCAAUGGAACCGAGGAACUUCAUGGACAUCUUUUGUCUGAACAUGUCCGGACUGUUUGACUGCAUGGUGACAGAUAACCAGCUCCUGCUCGUAUUUGCUGCACUUCUGCAGGACCAGAAAACGUGUCAGAAGACGCGCAGACAUUUCUGUGAUGUGUUAGUGAAUUUUCUCGUGUCAUCAAAGAUGUCAGCGCUCGCCCAGGUGGAUAGCCCGGAGGCAAAGCUUGUCUUGCAGAUGUUCACGCACGUGUUUGCUGCCCUGGGAAAGUUUCCGAUGGAGUGUGAACCGGUGCUUCGGCCGCACUUGGCAACGAUCAUGGAUGUAUGCCUAAAGAGUUCGUCAGAGCUGGAUCGUCCGCUUGGCUACAUGCUACUCUUGCAGAUCAUGUUUCGAGCUUUGGCGAGUGGAGCCUAUGAGAUGGUGAGGGAGUUCUCGGCAAUGCUCCAGUCAUGUCUGAAUAGCUUGCUAGCGAUGCUCGACGGACCAAGUGGCCACGAGAUGAAAGAUGUUUUGGUUGAGCUGUGCUUGACAAUGCCUGCAAAGUUGUCGUCACUACUGGCGCAUUUGCCACGACUCAUGCGGCCAUUGGUUAUGGCUCUGAAAGGGAACGAGGAACUAGUUAGUCUGGGAUUGAGGACGAUGGAGUUCUGGGUAGAUUCGCUGCGGCCAGAAUUCCUUGAGCCGAAUAUGACCCAUGUUAUGCCAGACCUGAUCCUGACAUUAUGGGGCCACUUACGGCCGAAGCCGUACCCUUUUGGGACGAAGGCGCUUCAGCUGCUGGGAAAACUGGGUGGGAAAAACCGUCGAUUCCUGAAGGAGCCAAUCGAACUCGAGUGUAAGGACAAUCCUGAGCAUGGACUUCGCCUGAUCCUCACAUUUGAGCCGAGCACUUCGUUUCUCGUCCCAAUGGAUCGCUGCAUUUAUCUUGCUAGAUCUGCAGUCAUGUCACCUCCGCCUGGAAUGGAAGCUUAUUAUCGCAAGAAUGCUCUCAAGUUUCUCCGAGUUUGCCUUGCUUCUCUGCUUAAUCUGAAAGGCAACAUGUCGCCAGAUGGCGUCUCUAGUGGGCAGCUGAGCACCGUGCUGAUGUCUUCUGUAGAUCCACAUCUAAGGCGGAUGGAGGGCCCUAGCCUGAAUGUUGAUUUAGGUGUGAAGACAAAGACGCAACUCAUGGCGGAACGGAGUAUUUUCAAGCUGCUCCUCACAACAGUGAUAGCUGCCAAUGCAGAAGCUGACCUCAUUGAACCAGGGGAUGACUUUGUAACGAGCGUAUGCCGUCACUUUGCCAUGUUGUUCUCGGUUGAAGCUUCUGCACCUCCCCGAAUGGCGAACAGUGCUGCAGGAGGCCAUCCGCAAGGAACACCAAGCAGCAAUGGGUCCUGUGCACCGAAUGUGUUGAGUGGUGGAGCAGGAGCAGUUCGGCAGCGUAAUCGUCAGCUGACUAAUUUGAAGGAGUUGGACCCUCUCAUAUUUCUGGAUGCCUUGGUGGCAGUGCUUGGAGAUGAAAAACGUGCACAUGCGAAGGCGGCCCUCACAGGUCUCAAUAUUUUUGCGGAAACCUUGCUUUGCAUUGCCAGAGCAAAGCAGGCUGGCGGAAGUCUGAGCGGUUCGGUGGUCCUAACGCCUCGAGGAGGAGGAUCUGUACCAGGAACCCCAACCCCAAUCAUGGUGUCCAGCCCAUCAAUGAAUCCUGUAUACUUGUUGCCGCCGGGGCUUCGCAUCCCAGUCUUUGAGCACCUUAUACCUCGUUUGCUGCAUGCUUGUUAUGGUGCAACGUGGCAGGCGCAAAUGGGAGGAGUUGUUGGGCUUGGGGCUCUUGUAGGGAAAGUACCUGUGGAUACGCUAUGCGUGUUUCAAGUGAAGGCUGUUGUGGCUCUCAUCUUUGUGCUCAAGAAGCUUCCGCACCAUGCAAUCAAGGAGCAGGAGGAGACCAGUCAGGUUUUGCGUCAGGUUUUACGAGUGGUCAAUAAUGCAGAUGACAGCAACAAUGAGCAACGGAGACAGAGCUUCCAAGGAGUGUUGGAGGUAUUGGCAGCAGAGUUUUUCAAUCCAGCAGCAUCACAAAGCGUCAGGAAGAAUGUGCAAUCAGCCCUCAGCCUCCUUGCGAGUCGAACAGGCAGUGAGGUCUCAGAGUUGCUGGAACCUGUGCAUGUGCGCUUAGUUCAGCCUCUCCUGACUCGCCCUUUGAAGCCCAAGCCCAUUGAACAGCAGGUUGGAACAGUGAUGGCCCUAAAGGAGGGUCUUGCUUUGCGUCCGCCUCUCUUGAGGAUCACCCAAGACCUUUUGCUGCAGCUACAAGAUGUAUUGGACUUCGCUGAGUCCGAAGGUGACAGUGGUGUGCAGGGUGGAAAGUAUGUUAAUCCGAAAAUGGUCUCUGUUCUCACAAGAAGACGGACUGUUUCCAUUGAGCUAUUGUGUACCACAAUGGCCUUGGCUGAUAUCAAGGCACCUCAAUACAAUGACCUGCGUUCCAAGAUCAUUUCCAUGUUGUUCAGGUCCCUCACUAGCCGCACGCAGGAGAUUGUCCCUGUCGCCAAAGAAGGUUUGCGGCAGGUCAUCAACUACAAGUUGCUGUCCAAGGAACUGAUGCAGAACAGUUUGAGACCUAUUCUGGUGAAUCUGGCACAAUGUAAGAAUUUGACGCUUCCACUGCUUCAGGGUCUGGCAAGGUUACUUGAGCUCUUGUCUGUGUGGUUCAGCGUGCAGCUUGGCGAGAAGCUGAUGGACCACCUGAAGAAGUGGCUGGAACCGGAAAAGCUAGCGCAGACUCAGAAAUCGUGGAAGCCUGGAGAAGAGGCUAAGAUUGCCGCAGGGAUCAUUGAGCUGUUCCAUUUGCUACCCCCUCAGGCGUCGAAAUUCUUGGACCAGCUCGUGUCACUCACUAUCAGUCUGGAAGCCGCUCUUCCGCCAGGGACAAUUGACAGCGAUUUGAAUUCUCCAUAUCGUGUCCCCUUGACAAAGUUCCUUAAUAAAUAUCCAAGUGAUGCUGUUGACUACUUCCUUGCCCGUCUUGAAUAUCCGGAGUUUUUCCGCAGGUUUCUGGACAUCAUUCGCUCUGAUGAUGGGAAAGAGCUGCGGGAAGAGCUUGCACGGUCACCAGGAAAGAUUAUCAUGCAUGCAUUCCCUCAACUGCAAGCAGGGGCUAUGCUGGAUGAGACAAUGGCUGGUGGCAUGAUGGGAGGGCCACUAGGGAGUCCAACAGGCAGCUCGACAAUGGGACUUCCAAACUUAAUGGCUGAUGGGCUUCUGGGCAUGACAGGUGGUCCAGGAGCGGUUUCUGCAGCUGCUGGAAUUGCUCAUGAAUCCCAGUUUCAAGGGAUUGCUCUCAUCACCACACUGGUGAAGUUAAUGCCUGAGUGGCUCUGCUGCAAUCGGGAUGUCUUUCAGGCUCUUGUCAGACUGUGGCGAAUGCCUGGCAGAAUGGUGCGGCUUAGAAAUGAGGAGAGGUUACUUCUGAACCAGGUGAAGGAGAGUAAAAGGCUGAUCAAGUGUUUCUUGAAUUAUUUGCGUCACGACAAGAAAGAAGUGGAUGUCUUGUUUGACAUGCUGUCAAUAUUCUUGGUCCGCACACGGAUCGACUACACGUUCUUGAGAGAGUUCUACAUGAUUGAGGUUGCAGAAGGAUACUCACCAGCAAAGAAGAGAGAGGUCCUUGAAAGGUUUUUGUUCCUUUUCCAGAAAAAGGCGCUUCCACAAGACCAGUUGGUGAUUGCACUUCAGAUGUUGAUCAUACCGAUGCUUACUCAUGCCUUCAAGGCAAGCCAAGAGCUCAUGAAGCAAUUGAAGACUGCAGACCCUGAGGUCAUCAAGGAUUCCAAAGUUGUCAAUCCUGAACUUAUCAAGACCAUAGUGGACCAGCUUCUGGACCCACCAGGAGAGGCAAGCAAGGAGUACGAGGAGCCACUUCACAUUGAGCUUCUGCAGCUAGCCACUCUUCUUAUCCGACAUUUGCCGGAAAGCUUAAUGAAUCACCGCAAGGAGCUUAUAAAGUUUGGCUGGACGCACCUAAAGCGGGAGGAAGGUGUGACGAAGCAGUGGGCAUUUGUGAAUGUCUGCCACUUCCUCGAUCAAUAUCAAGCGCCGGAGAAAAUCAUCCUGCAGGUUUUUGUUGCGCUUCUACGUCAUUGCCAGGCCGAGAGCCGAGUCCUGGUUAAGCAAGCAUUGGACAUUCUUAUGCCUGCGCUUCCAAAGCGGUUGCCUCCUGGAGAAUCAAAAGUACCAAAUUGGAUCCGGUAUACAAAGAAGAUUUUGCUGGAAGAGGGGCACUCGCUUCCACAUCUGAUCCAUAUCUUCCAGCUUCUAGUACGCCACUCAGAUUUGUUCUAUGCGAGCCGUGCACAGUUUGUGCCACAGAUGGUUAACUCCCUGAGCAGGCUUGGGCUUCCAUCAAAUAGCCCACCAGAGAGCCGGAAACUAGCAAUCGAUCUUGCAGGUCUUGUGGUCGAGUGGGAGAGAAAGCGACAGGAUGAAGCACGUGCAAGAGCAGAGGCAAGGGCUGCCCUUGAAGCUGCUGCAGGAGAUUUUGGUAAUCAAGCAGCUGUGGCAUUUGGUAGCGUUAUCACUGCAGGCGAGGUCAGUGAAGGGAGCAAUCUUCCAGAUGGCUCGGGUUUUGGAGGUGGCGGUGCUAUGAGUGAGGGAGGAGGAAUGGGUGGGAUGGGCAUGGGGGUGGUGGGGAAAAGGACAGCUUCAACAGCUGGUAUGCCAGAUGAGAUGGCAAAGCGGCAGAAGAUGGAGGUGGGAACACCUCCAUCCAUGGCGGGUGCUGUUCCGACACCAGGGAUGAUGGGCAUGGCUAGCAGUGCAGUAGGAAUGCCGAUUUCAUCUUCUGAAGUGUCGUCGGCAAACGGAGUUGGAGUAGCAGCUGGAAUUGGGAGAGCGGUUGUCUCAACGGCCGGAACAGUGCCUGGAUUGGUGGGGAAUCCUGGCAAUCAGACUAGCAUGAGACCUGUGACCACGGUUGGUGGGAGUGUCGGAAGUACCACGAGCAUGGUAUUGAGCCCAGAGGAGGAAUUCCGUCCAAAUUCAGCCAUGGAGGAAAUGAUCAUCAACUUCUUAAUGCGGGUCGCUUUUGUCACAGAGCAAAAGGAUAAGGAAAUGCAGCAGUUAUAUAAACAUACUCUUGAGCUUCUUGGUGAGGCGCUCGAGGUUUGGCCAAAUGUGCAGGUCAAAUUCAACUACUUGGAGAAGCUUUUGGCAGUGCCCAUGAAAAAUGGGAGUGCGGAUGCUGCACUUGUCACCGGCCUGGAUGUUCUUAACAAAAUCUUGGAGAAGCAGGCAAAGCUUUUCAUGCAGAAUAAUGCUCAAGUGAUCAUUCAGGUUCUGGAGCCGUGCUUUGCAAGCAAGAGUGAAGAUAUUGUGAAGUCCUUGUGCUCAGUUGUAAAGAAAGUCUACGACGUGUUCCCUGAUACUUCCGUGGGCCCGGUGGCUAAAUUGGAUAGCCACGAUGAACCACCACCCAGCCAGAUGCCCGAGGAAAGUGUGAAGAAUAAGAAUGAUGCGAUCACAGACCCAAGCUCCACUCUGCCGAACACCACUCCGCCGCCGCCAGAGGUCAAGAUUGUGCAUGAAAAAGUAGAGGAGCUAUUACAGAAACAUGUGAAUCAACUUGGGACGGCCACAGCCCAGGCUCCUGCAUCGGGUGCAGAUGGGUCUGGUGCAACGAACCUUGUGACUGCAUGUACACUCCACGUUUUGCAAACAUUGGCAGAGAGCAACAAGCCAUACAUUGACAGGUUCAUUCCAGGGAUUGUUCGGCUGGUUCAAAAGUUGGGUCGUGAUGCUUCAAGCAGUACAACUCCGGGUGCCCAAAAGCAGCCAGGCGUUGGGGUUGGUGCACAGGUAUCCAACCAGCAAGGUGGUUCGCUUCCAGGUGCAAGGCCAGACGAUCCAACAGCAGUAAACGUUCUUGGUGGAGCACCCUUCACGGCGUCGAAGUCUGUGGGAGACUACGCAAGUCCAGCAUCAAAUUUAAAGAUUGCGAUAAAGCUCAUCAGCAGCCGAGUGCUUGCAGCAGUUCCCGAUGGGAAGAAGUUUGUCCAGACUCUGCAGCUCCUGCUAGGCGACAAGGGGACAGAACCAAGUGUGAUGAUGACUAUCCUCGACGUCAUACAGGAGUGGGUCGAAGGGCAGUGGAGCUCUGGCUUAUUUGGACCAAAAGAUGUCGUUGCCUUUUUGGGAAAGCUUGCUGCAGUGGACAGAGGCGGAAUGAGCGAGAGCGUCGUGGAAGAGUGGGAGGGGAGAUUUCUCGGGCUUCUUCACAGGUUAUGCACAGAUGCAGAGAAGUAUCCGUUGCAGGUUCGGCAAGAAGUGUUUCAGAAAGUUGAGUGUGUCUACAUGCAAGGAUUACGGGCAAAAUCACCGCAGACUAGGCAGCGCUUCUUCGCACUCUAUCAUGAAUCAAUUAACAAAUCGCUCUUCUCGCGUUUGGAGCACAUCAUCAAGCUGCAGGAUUGGGAUGCUCUGGCAGAUACGUUCUGGCUGAAGCAAGGAUUGGAUCUUCUCCUUGCAACAUUGGUGGAGCACGAUGCGAUAACUUUACCACACAACUCAGCCCAGGUGCCCCCACUGAUGGCAGUAGGAAUGGGGCUAGCCGAGCGGCAAUUGGCAUCGCAGGCGCUUGUGCAGGUUGAGGAACAGCCAACUGAUGACCAGGAGUCUCCGCCUACUACUUUUGCAAGCUCAGUCAAUCGACAUGCAGCAUUCCUCAAUCAGGUCUCUAAAUUGCAGGUUGCGGAUCUUAUUCAUCCUCUUCGAGAGCUAGCUCACACAGAUGCAAAUGUUGCGUAUCAUCUUUGGGUUCUUGUCUUCCCCAUUGUGUGGGCGACACUACCCAAGGAAGAUCAGAUGCUUCUUGCGAAGCCAAUGAUUGCACUUCUGCGCAAGGAUUACCAUGUAAAGCAGCUGGACAAGCGUCCGAAUGUUGUCCAGGCCCUCCUGGAGGGGAUAUCUUUGAGUCAGCCACAACCUAAAAUCCCCAGUGAGCUCAUCAAGUUCCUUGGGAAGACUUUUAAUGCAUGGCAUAUUGCUAUCCCCCUCUUAGAGUGCCACGUGAUGCUGUUCCCUCAGUGCUAUGAUGCCCUUGCCGAGCUGUACAAGUUGCUGAACGAGGAGGAUGUACUAUACGGACUCUGGAAACACAGAGCUGCUGCACCACAGACGAAGGCCGGCUUGUCGUUGGUGCAGCAUGGCAUGUGGACAAGGGCCCAGGAGGUUUUCUACAGCGCAAUGAUUAGAGCAAUUGAUGGCAUGUACAAAACAACUGUCAACAAGGCAGAGAUGUGCUUAUGGGAAGAGCAAUGGAUUUCGUGUGCCCGCCGGCUAAACCAGUGGGAGCUGCUUGCUGAUUUUGCAAGAAGUGUUGAGAACUACGAUAUUCUGCUCGACUGCAUUUGGAAGCUGUUCGACUGGAAUACUUUGAAGGAGGAUGUGCUCCCUAAGGCUCAAGUGGAAGAAAACACAAGGCUGCGUAUGGUGCAGACAUAUGUGUUGCUGUCCGAGCGAACUGCUCAGGGUUUGGAAGAAGCGAAGAUCAGAGUAGCACAAGGAAUUGAUCAUGCCCUGGAGAAAUGGUGGCAAUUGCCCGAGCUGGGGGUGCAGUCACACGUACCCUUGCUUCAGCAGUUUCAACAGCUGGUUGAGCUACAGGAGGCAGCAAGGGUGAUACUGGAGAUUGUGAAUGGGAGUGCUCAGCAGCAGCAGUUGCAAUUGCAGCAGCAGCAACAACAACAGCAGCAACAGCAGCAACAACAGUUAGGUCUAACUGGGGUGGUCCCAGGACAGCCAGCUGGAUUGGCAGCAGCAGCCCCCACAUACACAGAGUUGAAGGACAUCCUGGAGACGUGGCACCUGCGUGUGCCCAAUGACUGGGAUGAGCUGACUGUUUGGAAUGAUCUGCUUCAGUGGCGUAAUCACAUGUACAAUAUUGUGAUCCCGGCGUUUAAGAUCUAUUCAGAAUCCAACCCCAGCCUGUAUCAGCUGGGGUUCAGAGAGAAGGCAUGGAGCGUCAACAAGAUGGCGCAUAUUGCAAGGAAGCAGGGUCUUGGUGAAGUCUGUGUCAACAUACUGAACAAGUCCUAUGGAUAUGCAACUAUGGAGGUGCAGGAGGCAUUUGUGAAAAUACGAGAGCAAGCAAAAGCAUAUCUGGGGAUGAAAGACGAGCUGCAGACAGGUCGUAGCCUGAUCGAUGCAACAAAUUUGGACUACUUCUGUCCAGAGCACAAGGCGGAACUGUUUCGGCUCAAAGGAGAGUUUCUUAGGAGGUUAGGAGAAGGGGAGGCAGAUCCUGCUUUCUCGCAGGCCAUCUCGUUGUGUCGCAAUCUACCACAGGGUUGGAUCAGCUGGGGAAACUAUUGUGAUCAGGUUUACAGAGAGAGGGACAAAGAGAAGGACGAUCAGCUGUGGCUAGAGUACACUGUCAGCUGUUUCCUACAGGGUGUGAUGUUCGGAAAUGCGAAUGGGCGGAGCUAUCGCUCCCACCUAGCAAGGGUGCUUUGUCUGCUGAGCUUUGAGAACCAGAAGGAGACUGUAGGACGUGUUUUCGACAAAUACAGCGACAGCAUUGCUCCAUGGGUUUGGCUAUCAUGGAUACCUCAGCUGCUCGUCUCUCUCCAACGUCCGGAAGCACAGCAUGUGAAGCCCAUCCUUCAAAAGCUUGCGAACGUGUUCCCUCAGGCACUAUAUUAUCCUCUUAGGACGUACCUUCUGGAGCGGAAGGAGGUUGUGCAAAGGACGGAAACGGCUCAGCGGUAUGCUUCACUCCGGCUUCAGGCACAGGCCAUGGCAGAGGCCAGGGAUGCAGCAGCUGCCUCAGGGGUGGCAGGAGGCAGCGGCAUUGUACAUGGGAACAUGCAGAUGGAUGGCCCAGGAACGCCGUCACAGUCUGUUUCGGGGGUUACUACCCCUACAAGCACAAUGGAGGGAAGCACGGCAAUGCCAUCACGGGAGGCAGUGCUGAGAGGGUCGAUUGGAAUGGGUGGCCAGCAGCUGCAGAAUACAGUGGGUUCACCGCCAGCAGUUUCUGGCCAUGAAACUGGGGGACCUAAACCAAGCACGCCUGGUAUGUCCAGCGGAGGUGGCGACGGCACAGCAGGGACAGCUCAAGAGUGUGCCAACCAAACUUCAGAAGGGUCAGGCCCACAGAUGAGUCAGGAUGCCCAAGGAGGGGUCCAAGCAUCUGCUGCAGUUCAGCGACGCCUAGAACCAGCGCCAUGGGUCGCGUCUGUAGCAAGCGCGUUUGAAGCUGCUAAAGAGGUCAGAGACACUUUGAAGGCAAAACAUGGGAACUUAGUGUUCGAGUUGGAGCUGUUAUUGGGUGAUGUUGGCGUGAAGUUUAUGCCCUUGCCCGAGGAGCGUUUGCUGGCUGUCGUCCAUGCUCUGUUGCAUCGGUGCUACAAGUUUCCAGUCCCGACGACAUGUGAGGUGCCUCCAGAUCUGAAGAGAGAGUUAUCUGGCAUAUGCAAGGCAUGCUUCUCUGCUCCGGACACGAUGAGCAAGCACCACGAGUUUGUGAAGGAGUACAAGCAGGACUUCGAGCGGGAUUUGGACCCUGAGAGUGUUGGCACAUUCCCUUCUUCUCUGGCUGAACUCACAGAACGGCUGAAACAUUGGCGUGUAGUUCUUCAGAACAUUGUUCAGGAUAAGAUCCCUGCAUGCUUGAAGUUGGAGGAAGAAAGUCCAGCUCUUGGGGACCUCCAUGUCAUCGACCUUGAGGUUCCUGGACAGUACUUCAAUGAUCAGGAAGUGGCACCUGAUCACACCAUAAAGCUGAGCAGAAUUGGUGCAGAUGUGCAGAUUGUGCGGCGGCAUGGGACGAGCAACAGGCGGAUUACCAUGGUUGGACACGAUGGAUCUCAGAAGCAUUUCUUGGUCCAGACAUCUCUGACUCCAAAUGCAAGGAGUGAUGAGCGGAUGGUUCAGUUAUUCCGCGUCUUGAACAGACUACUAGAUAAACAUAAGGAAACGAGGCGCCGGCAUCUGUCAUUUCACACACCGCUCAUCGUCCCUGUCUGGAUGCAGGUUCGUCUGGUUGAAGAUGAGCCUAUGUACAGCACUCUUGGCGAAGCAUAUGAGAUCAACUGUGCCCGACAUGGCAGAGAAGCAGAUUUGCCAAUUACUCAUUUCAAGCAAGCACUGAACAGGACAAGUAGUAUAGAAUACCAGUUGUCCAUGUUCUUCAGAGAUGAGUUGAUAUCCUGGUCCUGCAGAAGGCAGCCAGGCAUAUCAACUAUGCCUGUCAAUGUGAACAUGCCAACCACUGAGCUGAAAGAGAAGGUGAAAGCGAAUGUGGAGAGUGUCCUCCAGAGAGUUAAGAAGAUUGCUCCCCAGGAUGAUGGCGAAGAGGCGGAAGGUUCGACGGAGCCGCCAAAAUCUGUCCAGCGAGGAGUGAUCGAGCUAGUGGAGAGAGCUCUCAGUGCUCAAAAUCUGUGUAUGAUGGAUCCGACGUGGCAUCCAUGGUUUUGACUCCACAUGUGUGAGGUUAGUUGGCUCAGGCUUGUUCUGUUUGGCGACUGUAGUGUUUUGUGGCAGUCUAGGCCUGAGAGCAUUCUUGGAGUCUUCCUCUACGCGGCUGCGAAACUUCUCUCAGCCUGAGUUCAGGCUGCUUGCCAUCUUGUACUUGACAGCAAUGCAUGUGUGCUCUGGCGAAACUUCUCUCAACGUGAGUUCAGGCUGCUUGCCAUCUUGUACUUGACAGCAAUGUAUGCGUGCUCUGGGGCCUGUAUAGAUGGGUGGGUGGUCUGACUAUCAGGGGUCUCUAUAGACUUGUAGGGUGCGACGCAGAUGUCGGGAUAGAACGGAAUGUCUGCGGCUGCACUUACAGCAGUAGUAGGGAAAGGACUGCGUCCUCUUCGAUGUAUUUGUGUGCGAAACAUCGGUCCUUGGCCAUAUACAUUUCUAGAAAUUUGGAGUUUGAAAGCUUGCAUGGAUCAGCGCAGUCCAGCAAGGUACGUUCAGCUUGCCUGGUAGCAUGCAGCACGCAUCAGCUUACAGCAGCUGAGUCCUGCGAAUAAUUCAGAAAGUGGGAUGAUGGUUUAGGCCCUAGGGUUUGCUUGCAUCAGAAAUGGUUGAGGCGAGCUUAAGCGAAGAUGUUUCUAUUGCAGCUCUGCCAACUUUGCAAUCAAAAGGACAUUGAAAUUCGAAGAAGAUUUGGCCGACUGUACCUGUAUGAUAAGGAUCUUCCUCUUUUUCUGGUGAGGAACUCUUUCAGGCGCACUUUAUAAUUUGUUCGAACUUUCUAAGUUAGGUAACUUAGGUCUAUUCGAAGUAGUUCGGCACCCUUUUGGUGCACCUGUUAACACACACAAAUUUUUAGAUUUUUUGCUUCAUUUGAAGCAGUGCGUCCCCUAUUUGGGGGCGCACCCUUACCCUUAUCCUGAGUUUGAGAUUGGUGUUAGUUGCCUCCAUCCUGUGAGCCAGCUGGUGCGCAGCAUCUGUGGGGCAGGCAUCAUGUCGAUUCAGCUACCUAUCAGGGCAGAGAGAUAGAAGGGGGGGGGGGGAGAGGGCGCAGUAGCGGGAAUAUGGCAAGGAUUUGGAGGUGGGUGUGGACUGUGGAGUGUGGUUAGUACUUGCGAAGAAGGUAAAGAGAAUGGAGAAGGUGAUAAGGCAGGAGAAAGCAACGUGGGGACAGAUGCAGAAGAUUUGUUCUUUUGCGGUUACAGGUGGGUGCUCUGAAUUUUUUCCAUUGGGUGUCAAGGCAGCGAGGGUGGGGUUGAAGAGGGUUGAGCAGGGAGGGGAAGUAAGGGAGCAGGCAGGCGGGCCCUCCCACACUAAGGUUUGUUAGAUUGCAUCGAUGCUGCCCUCUGUGAGAGAGAGAGAGAGAGAGAGGUGGUCAACAGAAAGAGAGCAGGUUUGUCAAGAGAGAGGGAGGGGUUUUGCUUAGCUGAGGUUGCUUGUGGCUCCUCCACCGUCUUUCCCCCGUUCUGAUUUCAAGCUUUGCAUGUAUGAUUUCUGGGACUGUAUAUUAUUCACAGAGCAUUGAAGUAUAACGGGUAUGCACUGGUGUACAUUUCUCGUCACCCCGAACUGAACUGAUUGCUAGCCCUGCCCUUGUUUGCUGUUCCGUGACUCCUCUUCGUCAGAAAGGACUUCAACUAUCAUCCGGGUAGUGGUGCUUCCCAAAUCCACGUACCUAUAUGCACACACACAGAGUCCAUGGAGGAGGUAGGUAGAUAGAAUAGGAGAAUACGAGUUUACAGACAGAUGGAGGAGGAGGAGUUUACGGGGAGAGGGACAAGAAGGAGAGGGCCCAGGCGAUGGGUGUCACCAAGAAGUAGCCCCCCCCUCCGUCGGAUUUAAUGCUCCUUUUUUGUUUUUCCUAAUUUGAGCAUGAUCGCAAGAAGAUGAGUCAUUCAUAUAUUUUUUUGAAUUUCUUUGCACUUCAUUAAGGUUUUUUGUUGACUUCUUUCCCCAUUUCCUGCUGACACUUUUGCAGACCUUCUGUCCGUCCUUUUCUUUCUGGGCUCUGCCCCCCCCCCCCCCCCCCCCUCACCUUAACGAACACUCUGUGUCCAAUUUCUUCUCUUCUUGAGAAAAUGAGAUGCAAUUGGUGGCUCAGGUCAACCAACACUCCCACUGCGAAUGGGGUCGUGAAUUGUGGUGGAUCGCGUGUGCCACUUGCUGCGGCAUGGUCUUGUUCAGUUGAAGACGAUGAAUCAGGAGGACCGGUAUAAUGUUUCUUCUUUUUUCUUCUGUUAAUGUUUUUUUUUUUCUGUUACCAGUAUAUAUAUUAUAUUAAUAAUAAUUGUAAAAAAACUUCCAUGCCCCAUGAUGUAUCAACGGUA